AUAAAGGCCACCAAGAUUCAGAUCUCAGCGCCCCCUAGUACAGCUUGGUUUCUUCAUCUCUUCUCAAAUUCCAACUUACAGAGGAAGACGCAGCGCCGACAUGUCGUCCAUCACUUCAUCACCAAACUCUCUCUUCCUCAAGAACCCUAAUCUCAAAACCAACACCAACAACUUCACACAAUCUCCAUACCUCAAACUCGCCUUCCCCACCAAAGCCAGACCCGUUUCUAUCACCUGCUCUUCUUCAGCCGCGCAAAUUCAAACCCAGCCCUCCACUCAGAUCCAUGCUCAGCAACCCGACCGGGUCUACAACUUCGCCGCUGGACCCGCCACGUUGCCUGAAAAAGUCUUGCUGAGGGCGCAAUCAGAGCUCUACAACUGGCGUGGCUGCGGCAUGAGCGUGAUGGAAAUGAGUCACAGAGGUAAGGAGUUUAAAUCAAUUAUUGAAAAAGCUGAGUCGGAUCUAAGAAUACUUUUAAAUGUCCCGGAAGAAUAUUCCGUUCUGUUCUUACAAGGCGGUGCCACGACGCAGUUCGCGGCGGUGCCCUUGAAUUUGUGUUCACCAGAUGACUCGGUGGACUAUUUGGUUACCGGGUCCUGGGGUGAUAAAGCUCUCAAAGAAGCACAAAAGUAUUGUAAGACUAAUGUUAUUUGGUCUGGGAAAGCUGAGAAAUAUACAAAGAUUCCAGCUUUUGAUGGUUUGGAACAGAACCCAGAUGCCAAAUAUUUGCAUAUUUGUGCUAAUGAAACAAUUCAUGGAGUUGAGUUUAAGGAUUAUCCAAUACCAAAGAAUAAAACCGGGAUUCUGGUUGCUGAUAUGUCUUCAAAUUUUUGUUCUAAGACUGUUGAUGUUUCAAAGUUUGGUGUUAUAUAUGCUGGAGCCCAGAAAAAUGUAGGCCCAUCUGGGGUUACAAUUGUGAUUAUCAGGAAGGAUUUGAUCGGCAAUGCACAGAAAACGACACCAAUAAUGUUGGAUUAUAAGAUUCAUGAUGAAAACAGGUCGCUGUAUAAUACACCUCCUUGUUAUUGCAUUUACAUGUGUGGGUUGGUGUUCGAGUACUUGUUGGAAUUGGGCGGGCUAGAGGAAGUGGAGAAGAUGAACGAGACGAAGGCGAAGUUAUUGUAUAAUGCCAUUGAUGGGAGCAAUGGGUUUUACAGGUGCCCAGUUGAGAAGUCAGUGAGGUCACUGAUGAAUGUGCCCUUUACUUUGGAGAAAUCUGAGUUGGAAGGUGAGUUUGUGAAGGAAGCUGCCAAGGAAAACAUGGUGCAGUUGAAGGGGCAUAGAUCAGUUGGUGGGAUGAGAGCUUCCAUUUACAAUGCUAUGCCUUUGGCUGGAGUUGAGAAAUUGGUUGCUUUCAUGAAGGAUUUCCAGGCAAAGCAUGCUUGAUUCAGUCAUUGCAAUGACAUGAAGAUUGAAGAGAGUCUUUUAUCUUAGUGGAAAUAAUAAUAAUAAAAAUAAUAUGUAGGAUGUUGGUUUUUCAUGGUUUGGUUUUCUGAUCUCAUGUUUCUUCAUGGUUGUUGUUUUUGCAUGGGUUUGGUGGGUAGUUAAGAAUUUUGCUUAUAAUGUAAUUUUCAGAGAGAAAAUGAGAAGGAAUUUUGAAUGCAUAUGUGAUGUUACUGUUAGGGUUGGAUCCAAGCCAAACUGGCUCGGCUUGAUUCAAAUUGGAACUUCAAUUCAGUUCAAUUCAAAUAGAAGUUUCAAUUCAGUUUGAA